AUGGAGGGCGCAUCGCGUGAUCUCCCUCAGGACAUCUUGACGGACAUAUUUGCCACCCUCGAGAUCCCCGAUCUCGUCCGCGCCGGCUCGGUCUGCUCCUCCUGGCGCUCCGCCUACUCCAGGCUGCUCCUCCCUGGGCACUACAGGCGCCCCCAGAUGCCGUGCCUCCUCUACACAUCUGAAUCUGCCGGCGAGAGCGUUGCUUGCCUCUACAGCCUCGCGGAGAAGCGGACGUACAAGCUAACUCUUCCAGGGCCACCUAUCAGCAGCAGGCAUCUGAUUGGGUCCUCCCAUCACCGGUGA